CUUACAUGACAAGAUUUUCGCGCAAAAUCCGAUCAUGGGCAGCUGGCAAGCAUAUCUCGCUUCAUGGAUGGUCUGGUGGCGGUUCAAGGGCUCGCUCCAAACCGUCGAUGCCCUUCGCCAGCGCAUCGAAAAUGAUCGCCAGACCAAGAGCACGCGCCCGCCAGCGCAUAUAGAGGCGCAGUUCAUCGUUGAGGAGCGCCAUCUUGGCGGUUGUGUUCUCUACGAUGUAGCGCCGAAAUCCGAGAUGCCGAACCAGGCUCGCAUCUUGUAUCUUCACGGCGGCUGCUUUUUAUUCGAAGUCGAUGUGGUGCACUGGCAAAUGGUGGCUUUGCUUGCAGAGCGACUCCAGGCCGUGGUGACGAUGGCGGUUUUCCCGCUGGCGCCGGAGCGUACCCUGAUGGAGAUUUUUGAUGCCGUGAGACCAGUGUAUGAGGACUUUGCUUUGCCGUCACAAGAAAAGACGCCUUUUUUUGUUGUGGGCGAUUCUACGGGCGGGAGCUUAGGCCUUUCUCUUACACAGGAGGCUCUGAAAGCAGGCCGUCCAACGGCUUCACGACUCGCCUUUAUGUCUCCUUGCGUAGAGUUCACUUUUCUCAAUCCGGAGAUGAGAGAAACCGCUCAAACGGAUCCAUGGCUAGAUAUCCCCGGUUUCGAAGAGGCGGUGCGAUAUCUUUGCCCGGAUGUAUCGCCCGACGAUCCGCGAGUGAGCCCUCUGUACGGAGAUGUUAGCGAGCUACCGCCUACAUUGAUAUUUGCUGGAUCAACUGAGAUGUUGACACCGGAUAUUAGAAAGUUUGUGGCCAAGGUAGUAGCGCAAGGGCGAGAGAUUGAGUAUGUGGAGGGCGAAGGUAUGAUGCAUGUGUGGCCGUUGAUUCGGUUUAUACCAGAAGCUAGAGAAGCUGUGGAUAGAUUAGUACGGUGGCUAGAAUUAGGCAAGGGCUGAAGAUAUAAGAUGGCACAUCUUGGGCUGAAGAUGUUUGAAACUGGCUGAGAAUUGAUAGGACGGAACAGCAUAUGAACGAGCAAGAGAAGUAAUGCUUGGGAGUUAUGUUUUGGAUACGAUUUGUUUUGGUAUAUUGAUAUGUAGAUUGCUUCCCCCUAAGACUAGGGAAAUGCGGUUGCUUCGUGAAUACAUAGCCACGAUGUUUGGUAUUUGACUUUUACUAACUUCCUGAGCUGUUGGGGAUGUAGAUUUAACAACAUGCGAUUCAAACUCAAGAAAAUCCCUGGACUCG